AUGCGUGAGGUGAUAACAUUGCAGAUCGGUCAGUGCGGAAACCAAAUGGGAGGAGAGUUCUGGAAGGUGCUAUGUAAGGAACAUGGAAUAUCCAAUUGUGGAACCCUUCAGGACGACAGAGAUCUGGGGGAUAGAAAAGAUGUCUUCUUCUAUCAAGCAGACGACAAUGUAUUUGUUCCUAGAGCCAUACUUGUCGAUCUGGAACCUAGAGUUAUAUCCCAGGCCUCAUCCUUCUUCAACCAGGAGAAUAUCUUUUUGUCCAAUGAAGGAGGAGGUGCCGGAAACAACUGGGCACAUGGAUACUAUAUGGGAAAGACUAUGGGAAAUGACGUGGUAGAUAUGAUUCAGAGAGAGGCCGAGGGAUGUGAUUCUCUCGAGACAUUCUUUCUGCUCCACUCUAUAGCAGGAGGAACCGGGUCGGGGUUUGGAUCCUUACUAUUGGAGAGAAUAAGAGAGGAGUUUCCCAAGAAGAUAAUCCAGACAUACUCCAUAUUUCCUAACAACGAUGAGUCUAGUGAUGUUGUUGUACAGCCGUAUAACUCCAUACUAGCCCUUCAAAGACUUAUAGAGAAUUCUGAUUGCAUCAUUGCUAUGGACAACUCGUCACUCGGAAGAUAUACCCUGGACUCUCUACGUAUCGGCACGCCAACCUUCGAUCAUAUCAAUCUAUUAAUAUCGACAGUUAUGGCAGCAUCUACAAGUACUGUUAGAUUCCCUGGAUACAUGUACUGUACCCACCAGUCGAUAAACAGUUGCCUUGUGCCCCUUGACCCACUCAAGUUUAUCGUUCCAUCAUACACUCCUUUUCUGUGUGAUGAAAUGUCCAGGAUUGUCAGAAAAACAACAUGUUCCGACAUCAUGCGAAGGCUUCUGCUGCCUAAAACCAGGCUUGCAAGUUAUGACCAAUCAAAAGCACAAUCUGUUGUGUCGAUGCUCAACAUAUUCCAUGGAGUUGAGGAUUCUGGGGAAGUGUCUAGGACGGUAAUGAGGUUUCUUGACAAAGGAAUGGUUAACUUUGUUCCAUGGAUGCCUCCUUCUUUCAAUAUUGCCCUUGGGAGAAGAAUUAUCAACAAUACAAGCCCAAACAGGAUUUCAGGACUAAGUCUUACAAACUCAACAGGGAUCUCUUCAAUUCUAUCAAAGAUAUCGGGGCAGUUUGACAAGCUUAAGAAGCAACGUGCAUUUCUGGAUAUCUAUAAGAGAUUUGGUGUCGAGCUCGAGAUGUUUGACCAAGGAAAGGAAGUUGUCCAGAAGACUCUUGAAGAGUAUCACAAAGCAGAAAUGUCAACAUAUCCAGGUAAUUAA